UCCCCUCCACCAUCACUCCAAUAAGCCAGGCUGCCAACCAGGGAGUUCGGGUUUGGAUGAGUGAAGAAAAAUCUCAAUGCUUGAGAAAGGUGCAUCUUGAAAGCAUUGACCAGCUCAGAAAAUUGGACAUAGUAUUGACGCAGACGCCUAUCUGUGUUGUAGGUAAGCACAGCUUCUUAUGCAAAGAUUGCCUGAUUAUGACUGGUGAAGGUAUAAGACAGGUAAUACUAUGCUUUCCCGUAAAUACAGGCUCAUAAGAUUUUAAGCAGUGUUUUUAGAACUAUGUUGAUUUAGUCUAACACUCCAGUGAUUAACAUCAGAUUUAGUUCAGAAUGUUGUUAUUUUUUUAUUUUUUUUUAAAUGACACCUUAUUGCCAAAAGGAACUGGAGAGAUAAUAGGCCUUGCAUAUAAAAACGUUUGCGUUACAGUGAACAUUUUUAAGAUGAUCAUCAAAAUAUAUGAUGGUAUGUAUUAUCCAAUCUUAUAAUAGUUGCUGGAAAUCUUCUGGCCAAACAAAUACUGUAUACAAAGUCCCUCCUAUUCCAUCAGGUUCAUUCCAUUUGAUUUCAAUAACUUUUAGACCACACCACUGUUGAUUUCCACAAAACUUUCUAUACAUAUUUGCCUUUGUUAGAAGUGGUCAGAAAGUUACUUUUUGGACCUAAAUGCCGAAACAUUUAAGAGAUAGAUGUGCUCAAAGUUGGCCCGUUUUGCAUACCCCCACAUUACCAUGAGACAUCCAUGUCUUCAUCACUGGAAAAUAUAAACGGUUGAGUUUUACAUCAUUUAAAAGCUAACAAAGAGUGUUGUCAAACUAUUUUAUAUUUUCUUGAAAAAAAAAUGUUUUAUAACAUUUUUUUUUUUUUACCUUUAAUGUCAAUGAUCUAAAAAUAGGUAAACUCCUAUAAAAUGUGUGCAUAUGUUGUAGCUUAGGACCUAUUUUACAUAAUAUGAGGUGCAUACUCUUGAAUACAGGGUGGUUGGCAUUUCAAUCAUAGAAAUAUAAUUCGUAGAAUGGACAUAUCCCGUCAGACCAGUGCAAUUUAGCUGAUACGUCAUUGAAAUUGAAAUUUAAUAGAAAUUUUGACUUCCAAAUACUACCACAAAGAUGGCCACCGGUCAACUCACCGUUGAAUUUCAAAUUAAAUUGUCUAUUCUACUAUCUAUAUUUCUAUGAUUUCAUGGGAGAUUACAGUAUAAUUUCCAAAUGAUAUUCGCAUUCAAGUCAACAUUUUCAAAUGUGUGGAUCUCCAACCAUCUUUGUGCUACCAUAUUAAAGUAGAAAUUUCAAAUGUAUUGAAAUGUUAGUACAUUUAUCAGCUAAAACAUGACACCCACCCUGUAUUCAAGAGCAUGCUGUGUCUCAACCGAUGGUGCGCACAAUACAAACACCUCAGAUUAUGUAAAAUAGGGUCUCGGUGUCACUCUGCUACCGUGGAACUGCACUCACACAUACCUGUCUUUCAACAUUCUAUGUAUCAGAUGUCAGGACACUCUAGGCCUCAACUCGUGACAAUCCAACCUGAAACUCUUGAACAUUAGCAAAGCUUAUUAUUAUAACUAACCGCCAAAGGUUUCCCCAUUCAUCUGUGACAUUACUCUCAGUAGGAAACAUGACAAUGUAACAGAUGUCUCACCGUUCUCAUUGUUCAAUUGAAAGUUCUAUCAGCUUCAUACCCACCAACGUCUGUAAUGAUGCAUGUUUACGCCAUUCAGAACGACUAUACAAUCUUGAUACUCAGAAGCAUAAUUUGCUCUUUAGCCACCAUGCUUUUAGCCAUUGGGGCUAUACAAUUUUUCUUAGUCUCUGGUGCUAUUAGCCUUUGCAUUUUCACAUAACUAUCUGUACUCCGAAAAGCUCUGUAUUAAAACUUUUACUUCGACCAGAUCCUGGGAGUCAAGUCUACUUUUUACCUUUACAAAGUCAACUUGCUACUGCAAAGUACCAUCUACAGUGUGUUGUAAAGAAGUGGGAUUCAUUCAACUCCACAAUAGAGGUAAGUGCUUUACUUAUGAUCAGGAUGCAAGUCUUUAAUUAGAGGUUCUGACAUCCCCCUGGCAACCUCAGUCCCACUGUAUUCUUUCUAUAGUUGUCUUCAUCCCCCCCGAGCCAGUGACGCAAUUGCAAACCUUUGUCAUCUCUGUGCAAGCAUUGUUUUGGGGUUCAAGUCUACGUCUUUAUUUCCCGCUUCUAUGUAGCAUACUAGAUGUCAAAGUCUUAUUUUAGAUCUGUAAAUCCUCAAUUCUACAGUAGUUCAAUCAGGUAGAGCAAUCAAAUCAAGUAAUUUGUGUUCUUUCUCAAACUAUCCUACAUCACACAAACCGUCACUACGUUACAUUAGUGGCAGCCUACUAGCCAUGUCUCACAAAUUAUGACCCUUUUCACAUUACUGUGCUGACCUCAACCAAACUGAGCUGACUUGGAAAUGUUCUUUCACGUUGGUCUUGUUCGACAUUGCAGCCAACAGUGCAGGCGACUGCCGACUGACUGAUCUACAAAAUACCUUGCAUUGUAAAUAACUACUCAAUAUUAUUUGUAGGUCAGUCAGUCACAAUUUACCCAUGAUACAUUUAAGCGAUAAGGCCCAAGGGGGUGUGGUAUAUGGCCAAUAUACCAUGGCUUAGGGCUGUUCUUAUGCAUGACAAAAUGCGGAGUGCCUGGAUACAGGCCUUAGCCAUUAGAUAUUGGCCAUAUUCCACAAAUCCCCAAGGUGCCUUAUUGCUAUUAUAAACUGGUUGCCAACGUAAUUAGAGCAGUAAAAAUAAAUGUUUUGUCAUACCAGUGGUAUACGGCGGAUAUACCACGGCUGUCAGCCAAUCAGCUUUCAGGGAUCGAACCACCCGGUUUAUAAUAUGGGUUUGAUCCUCUUGAACCCGGCCAUUGUCUUUAAAGGUGAGAGGCUAUACAGACACGCCUGGUGUGCAAAUUGAUGAUGUUUGUCACGCAGGGAGAGUCAAGUGGAGACGAAGUUGGGACUUGGGAAUGUACAGAAUCAUUCCAUUUUUAUCUGAGUAAUUGUUGAAAAUCACUGCAAUAAAUGUGCUUUAGCCAUCACCCUGGCCGGAUAUUGGCUCACCCUGGCUACACUAUCUAGCUACUUCCCUCGCCUUACCGAGGCAAGCAGGAGCUAAAGGACACUGUGCCCCAUGAUGUGUUGCCUGACUGUAGCGCAAACUCUCCCUGUUGAGCAGUGAAGAUUAUCACAGUGACAUCCAGAUGGUUACUCCCAGUAUUAAAAGUUAUUUCUCAUGUAGGCUGUUGUCCUACUCUAAAUAAAUCAAGUGGGAUGGAACAAAUUGGAGAUGGUGUCUAAAUCCAGAUGGAGACCAAUACUACAAGUUAUUUCGCCCAUCGAAAUAAACAUCACGUUCUUUAACAAGUCGUAAUUAGUGCCUUGCUGCUGUUGCCAGCUAGCCAUCAUAAACUAGUUGUGAAGGGCUCAUCAGCACCACUGGAUCAGGACAACUGACUGAACUGAAUUCAUUUGUCUUCACACUCAACUCGCAGCUGUGCGACGUACUUCAUCAAUUUGGACACCAGACGUGUCCAUAUAGCCUCUCCCUCUUUAAAGCUCCCUUUUUGCCAUGGCCUUAUGUAGGUUAUUUCGUGUGUUGACAUUACAGCAGGCGUGGUGGUGAGUGUAGAAGGCUACCAUCCCAGCAGCACUAUGAGUCUGGAUGAGGAUGCACGGUGGCUGGAGUGGGUCACCAAGCAGUUUGAGACCAUCGCGGGAGAUGACAAAGAAAUUGACCUGGAGGAGUUCAAAACGGCCCUCAAGGUCAAGGAGUCUUUCUUUGCGGAACGGUUCUUUGCGCUGUUUGACUCUGACGGUAGCAAAACCAUCAGUCUGGAUGAGCUGCUGAAGGCUCUGGACCUGCUGAUCCAUGGCAGCGAGACGGACAAGCUCCGCUUCCUCUUCCAGGUCUAUGACGUCGAUGGCAGUGGCUCGAUUGACCCAGACGAGCUGCGCACGGUGCUCAAGUCGUGCCUGCGCGAGAGCGCCAUCUCCCUGCCAGAGGAGAAGCUAGACGACCUGACCCUGGCUCUGUUCGAGUCGGCUGACAAGGACAACAGCGGCUCCAUCACCUUCGAGGAGCUCAAGGCCGAGCUGGAGAACUUCCCUGAGGUUAUGGAGAACCUCACCAUCAGCGCUGCCAACUGGCUGAAGCCUCCCGGCCUGGAGCAGAAGAAGGGGCGGCAUACCCCGCGCUACCUGACGCCGGCGUACUGGCACAACAACAGCCGAAAGCUCCUCUUUCUGUGCGCCUACACUUGCCUCAACCUGCUGCUGUUCAUCACCGCCAUGCUGAAGAAUGCAGAGGGGGGAUUCUGGUACAUGGUGGCCAAGGGCUGUGGCCAGUGCCUCAACUUUAACUGUACCUUUGUCAUGGUGCUAAUGCUGCGGCGCUGUUUGACCUGGCUGCGGGCCACUUGGGUGGUGAGGGUGCUGCCUCUGGACCAGAACAUCCUACUGCAUCAGAUGGUGGGCUACGCCAUUGUCACCUCCUCCACCAUACACACCACUGCCCACUUCAUGAACUUUGUACAGCUAUCUCAGAACAGCAGCUACAGCCUGUGGGAGCACCUUUUCACUACUCGGCCAGGGAUUGGCUGGGUGCAGGGCUCUGCAUCCCUCACCGGCAUGGUGCUACAGAUCAUGAUCUGUCUAAUGGUGGUCUGUUCCAGCACCUUUGUCCGCCGCAGCGGCCAUUUUGAGGUGUUCUACUGGUCCCACCUGUCCUAUGUGUGGGUGUGGGCUCUGCUGGUGGUGCACUGUGCCAACUUCUGGAAGUGGUUUGUGGUGCCUGGUGUGAUCUUCCUGCUGGAGAAACUAGUGGGCGUCGCUGUUUCUCACAUGGGAGGCCUCUACAUCGUGGAGGUCAAUAUGUUGCCAUCUAAGGUGACCCAUCUGGUAAUCAAGCGGCCCCAGUUUUUCCACUUCAAACCAGGGGAUUAUGUUUACAUCAACAUUCCAGACAUCGCUAAGUAUGAGUGGCACCCUUUCACCAUCAGCAGUGCCCCAGAGCAGCCAGAUACUCUGUGGUUGCAUAUCCGCUCCAUGGGCCAGUGGACCAAUCGUCUGUACGAGUUCUUCAGGCAGCCAGACAGCCAGGUGGUCAGCACCAAGAGACUGAGCGCCAGCCUGAAGGACAGACGGCACCAGAGGACCCAGGAGGAGCUGUUUAAAUGUGCGAACUGCAACGGGACGGUGGCCUCCAACGAGGACGAUGCCAUCGAGCUGACCCUGUAUCGACAAAACGGGUGUAGACCAGGGCCAGGACCAUGCCCAGGACAAGGGCCACAGGGGCCCAACCCAGACCAGCAGAACCAAGCAGAGAGAGGAGAAAUCACAGCCAAGCUUAGUGAAAACCACAGGUUCUGCAACGUCAAAUGCUUCGUGGAUGGGCCAUAUGGGACUCCAACGAGACAGAUCUUUGCCUCUGAACACGCUGUGUUAAUCGGUGCUGGUAUUGGGAUCACGCCUUUCGCCUCCAUCUUACAGAGCAUCAUGUACCACUAUCGCAUGAGGAAACAGAACUGCCCCAACUGCAGCUACUCGUGGUGUGAGAACAUCAAGGACAGUGAGAUGAAACUGAGGAAGGUUGACUUUAUCUGGAUCAACAGAGACCAGAAAUCAUUUGAGUGGUUCGUGAGCCUCCUGACCAAACUGGAGAUGGAUCAGGCUGACGAAGAGCCAGAGGGCCGCUUCUUGGAGAUGCACAUGUACAUGACCUCUGCCCUCAGCAAGAAUGACAUGAAGGCCAUCGGCCUGCAGAUGGCGCUAGACCUCCUGGCCAAGAAGGAAAAGAGGGAUUCCAUCACUGGCCUUCGCACCCGCACACAGCCAGGGAGGCCAGAGUGGGGGAAGGUGUUCCAGAAAGUGGCAGAGGAGAAGAAAGGGAAGGUUCAUGUGUUUUACUGUGGAGCCCCUGCACUGGCUAAACUCAUCAAGGCCCAGUGUGAGCACUUUGGAUUCAACUUCUACAAGGAGAACUUUUGAGGACUGUCCAACAUUUUUUCCUGUCUGACAUCAGCACCCUCAACUAAAUCCACACACCUAUGUGCUGAUCUAGGUCAACAGUUUCUGUACCAUACACGCUGGUUGUCCACAAGCACUAUCUCGUGCUGAAUCCGCACUAUGCCUUUACCAACCCAAGUGUGUGAGACCGACAAUCAGUAUGCUGCUAACAGCUUCGCUUCUUCCACUGUCCCUGUCCCCUUACUGGGCUCGAACCAGUGGUCCUCUGAAUUCAAACACACCGCCCUCCUUGAAAACAUACCAACUAGUUGUGCUAUAAAAAAGGAUCCAAUUCGAGAGAACCAUUGUCCUUAAUGCUUGCCUUGGUCAAUAAUUAUAAUGUGGGCCUUUAUACUGUAUAUUCUAUCACAUUUAGUAUUCAAAUGGAUCUACCUUGCUUUAAACCAAAACAUAUUCCAAAGCACAAAUACUAAAUGGCAGACAUUGUGACAGAGAAUGAAAUUAUGUUCACCCCAUACACAAUUAAUAGUUUAUGUACCCCUUAACUAUGUGUUGUUGCCAAUGGAUCUGAUGUUUUUUUUAAUUCAACUAGUCAAGUCAGUUAAGAACAAAUUCUUAUUUACAAUGACGGCCUACCCCAGACAACGAAGGGCCAAUUGCGCGCCGCCCAAACCAUGGCCAGUUGUGAUACAGCCUGGAAUUGAUCCAGGAUCUGUAGUGAAUCCUCUAGCACUGAGAUGCAGUGCCUUAGACCACUACGCCACUCGGGAGCAGUGCUUGUAUUAGAUGUAUUGUAGUAGAUAUAUUUGAAGUUUCUGCUUAAAUCUUCAUGGAAGGUUGUUAAGAUACAAAAUACAGCAUAAUAUGCACCUUGGUGGAAGGGUUAAAUGGGUAACCCUAAGUAAUGUAGUGAUUGUUCUGCAUCCUGGGUAAGACCAGAAUGGGUAAGACCAGAUGUCCAUUAUUAUAGGAAAUAUAGAACAUAUCAAACUUACGUUACAAUUUUAUAAAACGUUUAGCUAUUCAAUGUUAUGUAACUAAAGUGCCUUCAGAAAGUAUUCACACCCCUUGACCUUUUCCACGUUUUCUUUUGUUACAGCCUGAAUUUAAAAUAGAUACAAUUGAGAUUUUUUUUUGUCACUGCCCUACACAAAGGUAUUAAAAAUGAAAAGCUGAAAUGUCUUGAGUCAAUAAGUAUUCAACCCCUUUGUUAUGGCAAGCCUAAAUACGUUCAGGAGUAAAAAUGUGCUUAACAAGUCACAUAAUAAGUUGCAUGGACUCACUCUGUGUGCAAUAAUAGUGUUUCACAUGAUUUUUGAAUGACUAACUCAUCUCUGUACCCCACAAAUACAAUUAUCUGUAAGGUCCCUCAGUCGAGCAGUGAAUUUCAAACACAGAUUCAACCACAAAGACAAGGGAGGUUUUCCAAUGCCUCGCAAAGAAGGGCACCUAUUGCUAGAUGGGUAAAAAUAUAAAAAGCAGACAUUGAGUAUCCAUUUGAGCAUGGUGAAGUUAUUAAUUACACUUUGGAUGGUGUAUCAAUACACCCAGUCACUACAAAGAUACAAGUGUCCUUCCUAACUCAGGGACUUCACCAUGAGGCUAAUGUUGACUUUAAAACAGUUAGAGUUUAAUGGCUGUGAUAGAACAAAACUGAAGAAGAUGGAUAAACAACAUUAUAGUUACUCCACAAUACUCACCUAAUUGACAGAGUAAAAAGAAGGAAGCAUGUACAACAUGGCACUAAAGUAAAACUGCAAACAAUGUGGCAAAGUAAUUCACUUUUUGUCCUGAAUACGAAGUCUUAUGUUUGGGGCAAAUCCAAUACAACAGAUUACUGUGUAUCACUCUCCAUAUUUUCAAGCAUAGUGGUGGCUGCAUCAUGUUAUGGGUAUGCUUGCAAUUGUUAAGGACUGGGGACUUUUUCAGGAUAAAGAAAUAAUAGAGGAAAGCCUGGUUCAUUCUGCUUUCCAAAAGAUACUGGGAGACAGAUUCACCUUUCAGCAGGACAAUAACUUAAAACACAAGGUCAAAUAUACACUGGUUGCUUACCAUGACAACAUUGAAUGUUCCUGAGUGGCCUUGUUAUGGUUUUGACAUAAAUUGGCUUGAAAAUCUAGGAUAAGGCUUGAAAAUGGCUGUCUAGCAACGAUCAACAACCAACUUGACAGAGCUUGAAUAAUUUCUAAAAGAAUAAUGUGCAAAUAUUGAACAAUCCAGGUGUGCAAUGCUCUUAGAGGCUUACCCAUAAAGACUCAUUGCUGUAAUCUCUGCCAAAGGGGAUUCUAACAUGUAUUGAGUCAGGGGGUUGAAUAAUUAUCUAGUAAAAAUAUUAGUGAUUGUUUUUCCGUUAUUUUAUUUUAUUUACAAACGUUAGUAUUUUUCUUCCACUUUGACAUUGGAGUAUUUUGAAUAAAUCGUUGACCAAAAAUAAUAUUUAUAUCCAUUUUAAUCACACUUUGUAACACAACCAAAUGUGGACGUACAGGGGUGUGAAUACUUUCUGAAGGCACUGACGUAAUUUACAUCAUGUAAAUAGUGUAGAUUUACAUUUCUGUUCUAUAGUGUAUUAUUGAUGGCUAAAUUAGAAAUAUUAAUUUUAGAUUUACAUUUCUGUUGUAUUAUUGAUAGUUACAUUGUAUUUGUUUAUUUAGGUUUCACUGAAAUUCAGCUUUUAGCUGCCAAUGUUGUACAACAUGAAUAAACUAAACUAUGAUUAUUAUAAAUGCAUAGCAUAGCAGUUUAUAUGAUAUUAUGAACAGAGUGACUAAAUGUUCGAGAAACAUUUAUAGUAUGUAAAUAUGGAUCUAUAUAAGGACAUUGUUUUUUGUAAGUGGUAAUGGUUUAAUUUGUUGUAACCGACGGUCUAUAAAACUAUCCAGAAUGCCAAUCCAAAACUGUCUGUAUAGACCUGUCUAAAGCAUAGUUUGGUGAACAAUGUGAUUUCCCCUGUUGCCUUGUUGAAAUUAUACAAUUAUUUCCUGCGCACUGGAUUGUGUAAGGGGUUCUAGGGGAACUAACUGCAAUUAAUGAAAUGCAGGGCAGAAAAUGAAUUGUCUUUCAGACAUUGUGUCUAUAUAUGAGUUAUUUGAGCAGUCUUUUACAUUGCCUCCCUAUCCUUUGAUUUUAAAAAAGGGCUUGUGUGCGCCUAUACAGAACUUUUGCCUCUGGGGGUGUUCUCUAGCCAAAGGAGGUGUUAUAGGCUGUGUUUUCUGCCUGUCUAAACGCAGCCAAUGUGUGUUCGAGCAGUAAGCCUUACUAAGACGACUGUAAAAAAUAAAGUUGUGAGUGAAGUCGGGGAAGGGGGCAUCUGCGACAGCCGAAAGUCAGACACUCUAGUGGUUUUCCAACAUCAUGGCAAGGCUCAUGCUGGCUUCACAUGCUCAUGGGACACUGGGAAGUCGUAAAUUCGACAUGAUUGGGCUAAUUUGAGUGGUAAGAACUCAAGCAAUGUUUUCCAACAGCAAGGCUCAUAACAUGGCAGUGUUGUCACAGUUUGUAUGAAAAAAAACGUUAUAAUAUCGAAAUAAACAUGCCUCCAACCCCCAUA